UAGAAAUUUUUAUAUUACCGGGACAUUUUUCGUAUAAAAAAAAAUGUAUACAAAAGAAUUGAUGAAUCAUGUUGAGGACUAUUUAAGGCGAAUUAUACAAUUACAAGUGCUCGCCACUGUGAAAACCUCAGAAGCAGAAAGUGUUAAAUCUAUACUGGGCCGUCAUACAAAAAUUCUAGUAAAGUAUAUGGUUAAAUUGGAAACAAAAGGAGACAAAACUGAAAAUCGAGUUUUGGUUUUCACACCAGUACGCAUAUAUUUACUAGUAGCGAAAGUGCCCACAAAAAUCGAGUGUCAUUUUCACUAUUUAGACAUACAAGCGGUAGAGAGUAAGAAACCCACACAUUUUUCCAUCAUUACAAAUGAUCGACCAUAUUCAUUUGCCACAACAGGAGAUGCGGGGAAUUUUAGUUCGAAUGCUGAUGUCAUUUUAACAGAUUUAGCAUCGGCAAUAAAACAAAUAUUUCCCACAGUUCCUUUGAAGUACAUAAUAAGAAAAAUUGAUAUACAACCACCUGAACGGGAAACAAUAUUUUCAGAAGAAUUUCGACCCUCAGAUCCGCGUAAUGUUGGUCCUUGCGGAGGUUUUAGCACACAAUAUGCCUGCAUGUGUGAUUUCCAUGGUGUGCCCUAUAGAGAAGAGGUUGCCUGGGAUAUUGAUACGAUAUAUUUGUCACAUGAUACGCGCAUACUAAAUUUACGUGAUUUCGAUCAUUUGGAACCAAAAGACUUAAUGGCCAUCGUUUCGGCUUUGGAAUAUAACACAUUUUUUCGUGGCCUAAAAGCAUCACAUAUGAGACUCUCAAACGAAACUUUAGAACGAAUCCUGCACGUGCUCAAGCGUUCAAUGUGGCUGGAGGAGCUACAUUUGGAAGCCUUAGGUUUAAGAUCGGAUUUUCUACAUAAAUUAGCUGUUUCUGUGAUUACGAACAACAAUCCCGCUAUACGUACUAUUGAUUUAAGUCAUAAUUUAAUCGAAGACAAAGGUGCUAUACACCUUGCCGGUCCCAUUGCCAAAGUAUCCAAGGGCUUAUGCAAAUUAGCACUUGCACAUUGUGGUCUAACAUCGAAAGGAGUCAAUCAAAUGUCACAUUCGUUAUCUUUAAAUCAAAGUAUUUCGAAUUCGCUCACAUAUUUAGAUUUAAGUGGCAAUAGUCUCAAGGAUGAUAUUACUAAUCUACAUAACUUUCUGGCACAACCAAAUGUUUUAGAAUAUUUGGAUCUCUCUUCGACUGAUAUAACUUUAGAGAAUUUAUUUGGUGCCCUCUUACGUGGUUGUGCAACGCAUUUAGCUCACUUAAAUGUUUCACACAAUUCAUUUAGCACAAAAAAAGGCAAAGAGAUACCACCAUCGUUCAAGCAAUUUUUUACGAGUACAUUAAGUUUAAAACAUUUAAAUAUUGCCGGUUGUAAAUUACCAAUGGAGGCAUUGAAAAAUUUACUACUUGGCUUAGCAUGCAACGAGUCAACAGCUGGGCUGUACUUAGAUUUAAGUGGCAAUACAUUAGGUGCCCAGGGCGCACACGUUUUGGAAUCAUGCAUACAUGGUGUUCGUGUUCUUCAAAGUUUAGAUAUUAGUGACAAUAAUUUAGAUGCUGAAUUAGCUCCAGUUUUAACAGCGAUAUCAAAAAAUCCAUCUAUACGAACACUAUAUAUGUGCCGCAGUCUUACAGGCAUGAAAAUGAAACACAUUCCAACUGUAAUGGAUGCACUUGUCAAUUUAAUACAAAAAGAUGAUUUUCCUCUUGCGGAAUUAGUGCUCUCUGAGAAUAAACUGAAAAAUGAUAUACAUGACUUCAUAAAUGCUUUAGGCAGCAAUCAAAGCCUACAAAAAUUGGAUAUUAGCGGUAAUUACAUGGGCGAUGUCGGUGCACGUCUCUUAGCCAAAGCACUGCAGAUAAACAAUAAAUUACGUACUAUUUAUAUGGAUAAAAAUAAUAUAACGUUACAAGGUUAUGCAGAUAUUGUAUAUGCUUUAGAAAAUAAUCAUAGCAUGCGCACCAUACCAUUUCCUGUGUUUGAUAUAGCACCACAUUUAAAAAAUCAUCCCGAAAAAACCGAUGGGAUUAUGCGUAAAAUGCAAGAACUUUUACAACGUAAUUGUAAUGGUUUAAAACGCGCUGCUGGGCAAGGUUUUCGUUUACAACAUGGUUUUAUGCUGUCUUCUACACAUCAGUUGGUCGAUAAAUUAGUGGCUGAAACUCAGGAUACAAUUUCAAUUGCAAGAGGUUGCGAUUCUAUGUCUGCAGUACAACGUCUAAUCGAUGAUGCAGAAAAUUGUAAACAGUUGAUGCCAAAAUUGCAGGAAGCUGUACGUUGCGAAUCACAUCCGGUUGAGAUAAAGUUAACACGCAUUGCCAGUGAUUUAAGUUACACUAUUCAAAGUUAUUUGGAGGAAACUCUCGAGACUAUGAUACGCACAGCAGUGGAACAAUGUCCUAAAACUUUGGGAAAUCAAAUAGUAGUGCAAGAUUUGCGAAAAGCAUUAAGCGAACGUCUGGUUAUACCGGAAGACUUCUUACAAAAUUGCUUACUGAAUAAUGCGGGAAGCGAAAUUAUGAAUAAAGUCGGUGAAAUUGAACAAUCUUUGGCUGCUGCUAUAUCAGAUCGUGCUACUGAUGAGGUGCUGGAAGCUCUUACACGUUACCGGCGUGGUUUAGGUAUUGCCGAUUCACCUUCAGUGCUACUUGAUGAACCACAAACUCCUGAUAUUGUACGCAGUCGUUCGAGUCAUGAUUCUGAUGGUAUGAUUAUACGACCAGGCCGAGGCUCUAUUCUUCCAAAAUUAGGACUUGAGUCACCCACUGCCACACCACAUAUGCCCACCAAACGUCGUUCUAUUGCACGUAAGAUUCGCCCGCAGUCUGUAGUGGAGAAUUUGAGCUUAGGUCAUAUACCAGACUUAUUGGAAUCACCCUCCUCGCAUCGUUCAACAUCGCAAAUGUCGCGUGACUCUACAGUUAAUAGCCACAUGGUUGGUGGCAGUAUUAUAGGUGUUGGUGUUGAUGGUGGCUGCUUGGAUGAUGGUGUUGGUGAUGAAUGUUGUGAUUCAAUUACAGAAUUACCAAGCGCCUCAUUUCAACUACAGCAUUUGGUUAAAGGACGCCCUAAAAGAGCAAAAACUCGUGCACCCACACGUCCAUUAGCAAGUGUAGAAAGUGCAACGAAAGAAAUUGGUGAAGGUUUAGAGCAAUUCUUUCGUCCAGGUUCUGUAACACCAACAACUCUCACUCCAUUGGUGUCGCCCACAUCGGAAGAGUGCAGUUCUUUAUCUUUUGUUGAUAGUCCAACAAUGAGUCGUGAUGGUAAUGGUCAAAUGACUUCCGAGGAAACUACGCCUAUAUUAGAAGAACGUAAGCCUAUAAAAUUGGAACGCAGUUCACCAUUAUUAAGGGGUGUAGCAUGGGCAACACGUUCACGUUCUACUGAUAAUUUGGAAAAAUAUUCACCACUAAUUGGACGUAAAUCUCCACUUGUUAAAAUGCGUACAGAAGGCGCUGCUGUUGAUGAAGUGAAUGCUAACGAGCGGCUACUUAAAGCACCGUCUUCAGUAGGCGUACGAGAAGAUAAAAUGCGCUCACCAAGUAGCGAUUCUAUUAAAAGUCAUACUGGUGGCGAUAGCAGUGUGAUUAUAAAGACUGGCAAUGGCAUACUUCGCACACCAAUUGUACUACAAAAACCAAGACCCUGGUCUGUUGUGGGCACUGAUCAAAAAACUAAUAACUCAGCCAGUGGUAAUGAUUCUAAUAAAACAACUCCUGAAAAAUUAGAUGACGAUUGCGAGAUUGUUGUACCUUUUGGGCAAAGUUCAGGCGGUUCUAUUGUUGGCAUAACACCCGGUAUUGCAAUUGCAGCUGGUGGCACUGGAGGUGGCAGUAUUGUUGGUAUAACACCAGGUGCUGCAUUGGAGAAGAAAUCCGUGCGUGAACUUGCCGCUGGUUUGAAUCGCAUGGAUCUACCACUUAAACCGCAAGUACUGCCCAGAUCAUUACUAACAUCAAAAGGCACUACAUCUGCAAAUUCAGUAUCAGUUACUGCAACAAAAAGUCAUUCAUUUAACGAUUCCUCCAUCUCCUCUUCAAGUACUACAGAGACCACAAAUAAAAUAAACACAGUAUUAAACGCAAAUCGAUCUAAUAUUGUAAACACCAACAGUAAUUUGAGUAGUCGAACAAGCGAAAAUCUAACCAAAACCAUUAUCACUGAAAACGGAAGUAGUAAUUCCAGCAGCAGCAAGGUAACAUCCAGUACACAUAACGCUAGCAGUAGCAGAAAUGAAAUAAUCAACAUUAGAAACAGCAGUAGCAGUAUAAGCAGUAGUAGUUCUACUUCUGCGAUAGGUUCAAAUAGUUGUAGUAGUGAUGGUGUUAAACGUAUUGCUGGCAAAGAAAUUUCAACAUUAUUCGAGGAGACAUUAGUUGAAGGGCUAUUACGAUCUUCAAUACGUCGCACCUUUAAGGAUACACAAUACACGGAAGAAGAUGUUGUUGAUAUAUAAAAUGCAAAAGUAAUUAACAUAGAGUUAAGAUUUAAAAUAUAAAAAGUUAAAAAUUUACAAAAAUU